AUGAUCCCAAUUCUUCCAGAAUUCGAUUUUUUUCGUGGUCAAGUCAGUCUGUACGAAGCCGUGAACCGUAGAAGUUUUGCUAUUUCUACACAACUCUGUUUGAGCGAAGGAGGUCUCAAGCAUCAGAUUUCGGUCUUUGCGUCUUCACUUCUUGUUGCAGUGUCAAAUUGCUGUGAGCUCCAAGAUGAGUUGUUCAAUGGGACAGCGAGCGAAAUUCGAAGGGGUCAAGACGAUGAGAACGAUGAGUCAGUCUCAGAAAGCAAACGUGGCAAUACGACUUGGGAGAAUAAAUUCGAAUAA